UGUUUGUGCAAUUGAAUCUUUCCAUGUAGUUUUUUUUAAAUUAAUUGUUACUAUUGCGAGAUAUGUAUUAUGUGCUCGUGCUUGUGUGCUUAAAAUUCCCCUUCAGUGUCUUCUAAUAUAAGAUAAAGAUAAUUGACAUGUAUUAUUAUGCUAGUUGCAGUUGACUACUAUUACUAUUACUACAUUUCAAAAUGGCAAAAUACUUUACCCACAUCAGCCAAAAGGUCAGUCCGGCCAACGUGAAUAUAUGCAGUACCAAGUGCAAAUCCCAGUUAUUGGAGGAGCAGGAGAAUGUCACAUUAAUCGUCAAUCGUCGGGUCAAUGGAACGCGUCAGAAACGUUGGAUGCGAUGCAAAUGGCAGAAAAAGCUGGUUCUAUUGUUAAUAUUAAUUUGUAUGUUAAUAUUAAUUAUAUUCGCCAACACAGAUCUACUGUUUAGGGGCAAUAUAUUUACCGUAUUUCUAUCGAGCCGAUUUAACAAACUGUCGCAUAUCAAAAAACAGCAGUCAAGAUAUGAUUCGGAUACGGAUCUAACAACGCCCGCAAAGCCAGUCUUGAAGCCCACGCAUUAUCUUCUGAACUACUCGUCGUCGACACAUCUGGACUUGGGUGCGCAGUCGCCACCAAUGGUUUCGGACUACAAUAUAUUCGUUAUAUACACCAAAGAGAAUUACCAUUUGCACUUAAAGUUCGAUUUAUUUGCACACAGUUUGCUAAAGCAUACAAAUGCCCAGCUCCAUCUACACGUAAUCACCGACAAGGAUAGUCAAACGUCUGUGCUAGAUAUCUUGCAAAAGCAGAUUCGCCGAUUUCGGCGAACAGUGAUUUACACCAUGUACGACGUAAAGGUCUGCUCUGUUAUAAUACAAGAUAUAGCUGCAAAGUUAUCACCCUAUUUUAGCUCUGCUCCCAACUCAUACUAUAGCGACUCACUUUUCUUCCUGUCGCUUGGCUUACAUCGAAUCGCCGACACGAGCUUGAGCAAAGCGAUCCUGCUCGAUUGUGAUAUCGUCUUCCGUUCAGAUGUUCGGUUGUUGUUCGGAGAAUUCGACAACUUCUUGCCGCAUCAACUGUUUGGGCUAGCGCCGGAACUGACACCGGUCUAUCGUCAUAUACUCUAUCGUUACCGAGUGCGCUUCCCAAAGACAAGCUUUGGCAAUCCAUAUUAUCCUAUGCGAUUUGCGAAAAACAACGAAAUUGGAACUGGGGAUCAAGCCAAUCAUAUCCAUGAACACCACGGGUAUCCAGGACUCAACUCUGGGGUGGUUUUAUUACUUUUGAACCGUAUUAGGGAAUCAAAAACCUAUGUAGAAGCCCUAACGAGCACUGAAGUUCAUAGACUGGUCGCAAAAUAUUCGUUUAAGGGUCAUUUGGGAGACCAAGACUUCUUUACACUGCUAGGAUACGAGUAUCCCAAUUUAAUAUACAGAUUAGACUGCGUUUGGAAUAGACAACUCUGUACAUGGUGGAAAGACCACGGAUAUAGUGACAUAUUCGACGCCUACUUUCGCUGUGAGGGCGUCAUUAAAAUGUAUCACGGCAAUUGUAACACACGCAUUCCAGAAUAGUAGUUAUGCAUAUAAAAAUUAAAUAAAGCAUUGUUUAGUCAUAUUUAA